AUGGGAGAACGGGUGCCGCCUGACGGGCUGGGGUCCGCAGGCCCGGGGCUUCGGGCUGCGAGAGCCGCCGUUCGGUGUAGUGUAUUCCCCGCUAGGUCUGGAGUGAUUUCCUCUUGCAUGACGUUCGUUUUGCUCGUCUUCUCCUAUCUGUAUUCUGGGCGACAUGCAACAUGGUUCUCUUCGUUUUCUGCCGGCCUUGUCGCCCCGCAGUCUGUGGCGCUGUCCCCCUUUCCUCGCAUCGUGGCGGCAGCUGCAGUGUCGGCGUCCGACUCCUCACAUGCGGAAGACUCGUCCGAGUCCGCGGCGCAGAAUAAAGCUAUUUCCCGGAAUGCCAGUUCCGCGGAUUUACCUACUUCCUCAGGCAAAGCGGCUGAGGAGGCGCGGGCAACGCCGCAACAGCAGCGUGGACACAAAACGAACCCACGCGGGUCAGAGGUCGCUCAGGCAGGCGACGGAGGGGCUGUCUCCGAUCCGCGCUCUGAAGCCAAGCCGGCGAAGAAGAGGGCCUUGAGCAUAGACGGCGUCAGAAUUUCGCCCUUGAAGUUCUCCAGACAUGUGGCGCCCGAUGAGUCGGCUGGCGAAGCAAGCGAACUCAGGCCGUCGCUCUCCUCUGAGUCCACCGACGCCGGGUCGGAUUCGCCCGUAGCACCGGAAGCGGCCGCGACAGAUGAGGAUGAGAGCUCCGCUCGCGAGCCCGAGGAACCACCCGCUCAACCUCCAGCGCAAGCAUCUGGCGACGCCGCAGAUGACCUUUCACCGUUGCAGACGCCUGUUUUGAGUAAACCAACGGAAACGGAAGGAACUGAGUCAGAGGUUUCGCCUGUCCCCCCGCCAAACGCUUCUGCGGCGCUGGGCUCCGCUGCCGGCGGACCAGACACGGAAUUAGAGGUGGAGUGGAAAGGCGGCGCCUCGCAGAAGUUGAGCGAGCCUUCGGAGCUUGUUCGAAGGAGAGGUGUAGACUCCUCUGAAGGCGCUACGACGACCAGAUCAAGCAGACGUUCGGGUGUCUUUGGCAGCGACCCUGAUUCUGAGCCCGAAGCACAAGAAUCCAAAGAGCCGAUAAGUCACACGUUGACGGCUGACCUGGUCAAGGCAGCUCUCGAAAGACGCGUCUCGAAACUCGUGGGGAGCGUCGAGAUGCUUCAGAGACAGCUUAAAGGUGUUGAACAGGAUAUCCAGUUCUACAGGGCCAGUCUCCACGACAUGCGCCCGCAUCGCAAUGUCGAGGCGUUUGAGGAGAUCGCUUCAGGAGGCCCAAGCUUCCCCCAUAAAAGUUUUCUGGAGAGGCUGCAGUACACCGUUGACAUCUUAGACUCUCGGAUUGCAGCGUUUGCGCGCACCAACAUCACCCUCUUCGAUGAGCAACUGAGCGAGACUGUUGAACAGAAGUUGACACCUUUGAGAAGGGAUGUGAUGGAUUUGACAUUCGCUCUCAUGAACGCCUCGGAUUCUUCCCUCGCUAUGGCGAAGGAACUCGCGGACGUCUCCAAUAGCAUCGGUGUCACUAUAGAUCGUACUCGCGCCGAAGUCGAGCUGCUUGAGUCGCGGCGCAUUGACGUGUUUGAGGAGGCUUUGAGGAGGGAGGAGUAUCGUCUCCUCAAUCGCCUCGAUGAGCUGAAGCAAACCGAGCAAUCUCGUAUCAAUCGCUCGAGUCUGGAAGAGCAGAUUCUGUCGACCGCAGUGACGGACGCGGUGCAGGAAAUGGAUAUGAGAGGCUUUGGAGUUUUAGACGUCAGCGAAGUCUACCCAGACAGCGAUGCGAAGAAAGUUUUGAACGUUCUUCUGUAUCUGGUGGAGCAGCACCAAAAACCGUCCUGGGAAGUACUACCGAUCGUGGUCGUCACGGCGCCUCCGCCUCCGCUCCCGGCCGCUCCGCGGUCGAUGAAAAAGAUGUGGAAAGCGGCCCUGAAGGCGGCGACUCAAGGCCCGCGGGCGCUCAGACAGGGUGGCGGGUUCAACGCCGAGGACAACGACGCUAUCGACGAAGCGGGACGUGGCGACGUGGAGCUCGCGGGCCUGACGGCGGAGGCAGCGUUUGGCUUGGUCCCGUCUGCUGUGCACGGCAGGGAAGAGAGAGAACGGCGGACAGACAGCGUCGCACGCGGUCGCGACCGCGGGGGGUCGGAGACCGCGGAGUCGAAUUCGUACAAGUCCAGGCGGGGGAGUAGGGGAGUGAAGAGCAAGCCGGGGGAGAAGAGCCCCGGGGACGAGCGCGCGGCGCGGGCCGAAGCCCAAACGCUUCAGGCGGAGGCAGUGGCAGGCGCGGAGACUCGAGACGACGAGGCGGGCGAGGCAGGGAAUGAAGGGCUUGCGGACGACGGCUUCAGCGCCGUCGAUGAGUUCAUGAACUCUACUUCAGGCGUAUACGAAGACACGCUCAUGGCCGGCGUCUCUGAAGCACAGAACGAAGGCAGAGAGGACGGACGCGACACUGUGCAGCACCAGCAGGGUUUAGGGCCGCAGGCCAAACGCACGAACGGCAGUGGCAACGCGCCGUUCUUUGGCGAGCUGCUGCAGCGCGCAAAGAAACAGUUUCACCGGGGACGGGUCGUGAACGAGCAGGCGCCGGAGGGCCUCGAGACAAGCGGCACGUCAUUUCCCGCGAAGCAGCCUCCCGCAAAGAACGAAGGCAGCUUCAAACGGUCGGAAAAAGUGGUCAGCGACUGGGGCGCGCAAGAUAUCGGGACGGCGGAGGCGCUGAGCAUGUCCGGCGAAGACGCGGACUGGGUGCAUGUGUCCCAGAUGCUGCCUUCCGCCUCCAUCGUUCAAGACGCUGCGGCCGACGAUCGGACUUCCUACGGCAUGGUGCCGCCGCUUGCCGCUCUCCAGCGUCUUGUGUAUGAGCACUUUCAGGGCCUUCCGACCGCGCACGCUCCGGAGGCAGACGCGGGGCCGCGCGAGGGCGAGCGCCCAGACAAUAAGGACGCGGCGAGCUCGCAGGCGCAGAGUCUGGAGGAGCUGGGUGUUCAGAGUUCAGCGAAGCCGGAGGCGGUGGAGACCGCGUCGACAGCGCCAGAGGACUCUGACUUCGUAAAGGGUGACGAAGUCAGCCCGGGGUCGCGGGCUGAUUCGUCCGCUCGCGGCGAAAAGCGGCGGGCGCGGAUGCGAGGCCCCGCAGGGAGACGAGCUGAAAAGCGCCAUCGGAAGAAGACGUUGAGAAGAAGCGAAGGGUACUACGUGAUGAGGGUCAGCGGCCUCCUCAUUGAGUCGUUCUACUUCUCCGCCGAUCACACGGUGACGCCAGUGCCCACGCACUUCCCCGUCACCGAGUCCGUUUUCGGCCUGGGUCCGCUGGUGCCGCACUCCGAGUUCGGCGCAGAGCUCUCGAGGGCGUUUGCGGGCUUCCGAUGGCCGUCCGCGUCGCUGUCGCCAUUUCACGACGCGGUCGGAUCUGAAAAGGGACUAGGUCGGGGCGGCAGUUCACGAGGCUCUUCAGCGGACGCGCUCGCGGCGGGGUUGCAGCCCGCCAAGAUUCCGCCGCUCGACGUUGUUGUCCGCGAAGUGGAGCGGACACGCUCUGCAGGAACGCAGCUGGGAGCGGAGGAGUCUUCUCUGCUGCGCAUCGUGACGACGAACCAGGCAGCUGACCAGGAAGAGGGCACGGUCAGCGACGGCCUUGCGGUACUGACUCAGGUCCAGCGCGAGAUCGGGGAGGCGCGUGCGAAGGACCCCGGGGCAGCCGGUCUCGAGGACAAAUACGGGCUCUUCGGGCGCUUCAAUCCGUUUGUGUGCUGCCUAAAUGAAUCUACCGAGCAGCUCGCCAAGUGGUGCACAUCGUCCGACCCCGUUUCCGCGGCGGGGGAGGGGGCCGCUGCGGGCUCGGCUCAAGGCGAGCCCCGGGCAGACGCCGAUCCUCCUCUCCAACUCGCCGCUGCAACCCGAGCUGACGCCGAGGGUCAGGAUGCGGCGGUCGCGGCGCCACAGACCGGAGACGCCCCCGCUUUUGAAGGUGCGGAGGUCACCAGCGGCGUCGAUGCAGGGAACAGCGACAGCGAGGCGUCGCCUGUCGAUGGCGCUGUGCCCAGUAGGCCAGCCCCUGGCGUUCCUUCGUCGUCCGGAAACAGGAAAGUGCUCGUCAUUUAUCUGGGCUCUCGAACGGGCGGGCUGCCGCUGCGGUACCUCGGAGGGAAGCGUGGCGAGCUUCGGCGGCUGCACCUGGCUGAGCGCAGCGCCUCUGCGCUGACGCAGCACAUUGAUUCCGUCUGCGCAGCCGACUUUUCGAGACGCAGACGCACGGCUGCGCGGCUGAGGGAGACCGAUGGCAAGGGGACAGGCCAGAAGACGAAGCAUCCCUCCCGGGACUCUGUCGGGGGCCGCUGUUCGCCCUUGGAGGCUUUUGUCCGCGCCCCGCUUCAACACCGCGUGUGGCGAGAGCUCAUGACGUUCAAGCAAGAGUUGCACGUCGCCAACCCGGAGCGAUGGGCCGUGGACCGCGACCGCAGAUUGCUGGAUAAAUACCAGAUCGACGUCGAGACGGCGUACUCGCCUGGCGCCCCGCCGCUCUUCCUUCCGCUGAGCCCUUUCUUCCGGGAGAAUGUGCUCUUGAUUCGCAUGCAUCUGGGGACGUGCCCGGCGCGGAAACGUGGCAGGCGCGCCUUCGCGGUUCCGCCAGUGUCGGUCCUCGAGCGCGCGUUGUACCUCGUCGGCUAUCCGGCGGCCGGUCAAGCCGCAACCUCCGCCUUCAGCUAUGCGACAAAGACCCAGUCGAGACUCACGAGGCUGAAGGAGUCCGCGAAGGCGGCUGCGGCUGAGGCGUUCCCUCACUACCAGCCAGUCCUGACGGCGAUGCAGACGGCGACGGCGGAGGCGGGGCUGUGGGGCCGGACGGCGGGCGCAGGGGAGCAGUCGUACUGGAUCGCGGACGUGUUUGUGAAGUAUGGCACCACGAUGCUGUCUUCCAUCGACUUGAUUGAUGGAUCUCUUCGCGGCCUGCAGGAGAUGUUUCUGGACGAGUCGUCGUCUGUCGAGCGCUACUGGCGGGUGCAGGCCGGCGUCGAGGGGAAGAAGGGGCGGCGGAGCCGCGCGAGUCCCGAGGGCCGUAUCCACAUCAGGGGCAAGCCCGCAGGCGAGGGCGAGCCCGCGCUGGAGUGCGAUGAAAUGCAAGACAUUGUCAAGCACGUCAGCUCGCUCAUGGAGACGCGGGUGAUUCCCCGCUUGUACGCGAGCGAGCUGCGGGGACGGCGCAUCAUCGUCUCGCUCUUCAACGACGACAGUCCGUACGAAGGCGAGAGAGUUUUUUCCGGGCGCGAACUCGAAACGGAGUGGGAUCAGUUCAACAUGCUCGCCGACAGGACGUAG